UAAAGAAGACCAUAAUGGAGCUAUAUUCUGUGUGCGUGAGGACUUUGCCCGUGUAAUCUCACUGCUUUAGAUUUGUUAUUGUGAGGAGAGACUAUGUGUUCUUCAGGAUGGGUGCGAACAAUGGCAAACAGUGUGGAAGUGAAGGCAAGGGUAGCUCCAGUAUCUCCUCCGAUGUGAGCUCCAGCACUGAUCAUACACCCACCAAAGCUCCCAAGAAUGUGGCUACCAGUGAAGAUUCGGACCUGAGCAUGAGGACGCUUAGCACCCCCAGUCCCGCUCUCAUUCUGAAGUCCAGCCCUCCUCAAACAGUCCCAAACGGCCAUGAGACGUCUUCCACGUCUUUUACCGUCACUGGCGAAACAGUGGCGCUGGUUCACCCGCCUCCAGGCUCUCGCUCACGGCCUUCCAAAGUCCCUCCCACCGCCCUCAUCGAUACCCUGCCCGAUCCCGUGUUAUUACAGGUGCUGUCUUACCUGUGCACCCCUCAGCUGUGCCGCUGCGCUCGAGUGAGCCGCCGCUGGUAUAACCUGGCCUGGGACCCGCGGCUCUGGAGCACCAUCCGUCUGACCGGAGAGCUGCUGAGCGCUGACAGGGCCCUCAAAGUGCUCACCCAUCGCUUGUGUCAGGACACUCCUAACGUCUGUCUGACCCUGGAGACGCUGGUGGCCAGCGGCUGCCGGAGGCUGUCUGAUCGAGGGCUGCGUGUGGUCGCUCAGUGCUGUCCAGAACUGCGGCGUUUGGAGGUCGCAGGCUGCUAUAAUGUGUCCAACGAAGCAGUGUUUGAUGUGGUAUCACAGUGUCCCAAUCUGGAACAUCUAGACGUAUCAGGCUGCCCUAAAGUGACCUGUAUCAGCCUGACGGAGGAGGCGUCUCUACAGCUCACACCUCUACAUGGACACCAGAUCGGCCUGCAGUACCUGGACAUGACAGACUGCGUAUCACUGGAGGACGAAGGCUUGAGGACCAUUGCAUUUCAUUGUCCGCGUCUCACACACCUCUACCUGCGGCGCUGCAGCCGGCUAACAGACGAGGCCCUGCGACACCUAGCACUGCACUGCACCGCUUUACGCGAGCUUAGCCUCAGCGACUGCCAUCUGAUUGGAGACUUUGGCUUACGUGAGGUCGCUCGCCUGGAGGGCCGCUUACGCUAUCUGAGCGUGGCGCAUUGUAUGCGCAUAACAGACGUUGGACUGCGUUAUGUAGCACGCUACUGUCCGCGGCUCCGCUACCUGAAUGCGCGGGGAUGCGAGGGGCUAACGGACCAAGGUUUGAGCCACUUAGCUCGCAACUGCCCCCGAUUGCGGUCUGUAGAUGUUGGACGCUGCCCGCUGGUGUCGGACGCCGGGCUGGAGGCGUUAGCACGUUGUUGUGAAGGGCUACGAAGGCUGAGUCUGAGGGGCUGUGAGAGUUUGACAGGGAGAGGGCUCAUGGCGGUAGCAGCCGGAUGUCCCGAGUUGCAGUUACUAAACGUACAAGAGUGUGAGGUGCCACCUGAGGCACUUCGACUGGUCCGACAGCACUGCAGACGCUGUGUAAUCGAACACACCAUUCCUGCUUUCUACUGAGGGGACAGGUUGGGGACGCCAGAGGUGUCGACCUCUGAAAAACAGAUGUUUAUACUUUUUGCAUUCCUACGACUGCCUGAUGAGACGUAACAAGGUGGAUGCGUCUCAAAACCUAGUGCAGGGGUGCUUAGUCCAGGAGUCACCAAACUUGAUCCAAACUUGCCGUAACACACCUGCCUGGAAGUUUCAAGUAUACCUAGUAAGACCUUGAUUAGCUGGUUGAGGUGUGUUUAAUUAAGGUUGGAGCUAAACUCUGCAGGACACUGGGGGUGCUUCUCAAUAUCCCUCCUCUUUUCCUCGCUCCUCUGUCCUCCAUCCUAUGACUUGGAAACCAAUUGAGCUCAACCAUAUUGUAGGACAUCUCAAUUCUCUUAAUUGCACCUGAGGUUCGAGGAGUGAGGAGGCAUCCUGAGAGGUCAUGAGCGAGGAUACACAGGUGUAUCCUUUGCAGAAUUGGUUUAUUGACUAAACGUGACACACGUAUACAUUCUCCUCCCCCUUCACAUCUGCACCAAGUACUAACCAUGGCAGAAAAUACAAACACAUAUAAGUGUGAGUAUUAAGCAAGUUAUUGUAAAUGUGGGUAAAAAUGGUGUUCUUGCCACAGUUUAUUAAUUAUUAUUAUAAUUUCCAUUAUUGUUUACAUAUACAAGCCACAAAUGUAUGUCAAAUUACAACAACUGUAGUAGGACAGUUGCAGAAUUAAAUCAAAGCACAAGAAAAUGAAAUAAAUAAAUAAAAAUAAACAAAUACUAUACAACAAAUAAAAUGCUGUUAAUAACUGGGAAUAAUUCAUUGUUAAUAAUAACUGGUAAUGUAAAAAAAGAAUACGGACAAAUGUGGUAUUUUGUGGAGGUUGAAACUAUUACAAUAUAAAUAAUUAUCUCUAAUGUUCAAGAAUCCCGACGUGCAAGCUAAAUCCAGCGGUUUAGAGUCAUCAUUAAUUGACGACGCUUUGAAGUGAGUUUAAAGGGAGCGAGGAUAUAUCAUUUCACUUGAUUCAAUUCAAUUCCUUUUCCUUGCGUCCUUCCCUCACAUCCUGAAGAGGUGGAGCUAAGACAGGGGAAAAGGAAAAGAAUCAAGGAAACCUGGAUGCACAAAUAAGAAUUGAGAAGCACCCCGGCCGUCCAGGGCCGAGUCUGGUGACCCCUGGCUUAGUCCUUCUCCUGGAAGGGCACUCAUGCAGAUUUUAGCUCCAACACACCUGAACGAAUGUAAUCUAGUAAUCCUGACUGUAAUUGGUAGGUUCAGAUGUGUUUAAACUGGUUUGGAGCUAAACUCUACAGCAGUGUUUCCCAAACCUGUCCUGGAGGACCCCUAGCCCUGCACAUUUUGUAUG